AUGUUGAUUGCAUUAUAUUGCGGUGGUCAAUCGUGUCAUUUUACUGGACAUGUGACAUGGACACACUUGAGCAGGAGCUUAUGGCAGAUGAUCGCACUGCAGCCACAGUGUUGGCUCAGGAAAAACAUCCGAUUGCGUAAACGUCCCGUGCCUGUCCAUCCACAGCACGGGCUAAUGAACCCAUACUCUUCCAUGUACUCGAAAUCCGCGGACUAUGGCAGUGCCGAUUGGCAAGGACGCAUCUUCGAACCCAUGACGUGCCGGCUGCUUGUUGUCAGCACAGCACAGUUGGCGCUUUUGGUUCUGAUGCCUUGGGCCAUUUUUGCCGCUCUCAGCUGGGGGCUGAUGUCGUUGGCAGUGUAUCUUCAUCCAUGGUUGGGAAGUGUAAUGAUCUGUGCAACUGCGACACUUGUGCUUCUGGCAAUAGUUGCGGCAUUGCUCUCCAGGGGUCGGUGGCUAAGAAAGGGCAGCGGAGGGGAGAGUCAGCCGCGUUUUAUGCGUGGUUAUGCAUGGUGGACAGCGCUUGCAAUACUGUCCUUGGUUGCUUUAGUGGCUGGGUCAAUUGUUGGGUCCGUGCUGGCCACGAAACACAUGAAGGGCUAUUAUGACAUCUCCAGCCUGGACAGCUAUGACAACGUGAACCCUGCGCGUGCAGCAGGGAAACAGCUUCUUGACGCAGGACGCAUCAUCUUUGCCAAAGGUUCGUCUUUAGACCUGACUCGUGCCAUGGCGCACCAGAACUCGAGUACGUAUUGCGUUGCCCCCAUCAUUGGUGCCGCUGACCAACCACGCCCUGCAACCUACGAUCUCUGGGCCGCGGGCAAGGGCUGUUGCGCUGACAGUGGGGACAACUUCACAUGUGGAGCAGUAGGGAUCCCAGGAGCACGUGGCGGCCUGAGGUUAUUGAACCGGGACGACGACUACAACUUCCGGCUCGCCGUGGAGAAUGCCGAGUUUACAUAUCGUCUCCAAUCAGUGCACCCACUUUUCUUUGAGUGGACAAUCGACCCCAUCAGUGAGAUCACAGCAAAGAAGGAUGAGGCGUUCUGGGUGUACUUCGCGACCAACCUGAUGUUUCUUCUUUGCGCCUUCUUCUUGGUAGUUAUGGGGUACGCGUGUUUCCAGCGCCUUACAAAGCGCUGA